CUCUCUGCCCUAACGUCAUAAAUCAGCGGCACUUGAGAACUCUGAAUUACCUCUUUUACAAGCGAUUUGUUGAGAAAACCAUGACUCAGGAGAACUGGACAGAUCACGUUCAGAGCACCGUUGGAGAGAACCGGUGGCUUCAAGGGCACCUGAUACAGUUGCUGAUCAGUUACUGCGAUUUGAACACGGCCGCAAGAUGGGCGCAACGCUGCAAUUUGCCCAAGGAGCUGCUGCCUUACGGAGUGGCUGAUGAGCUUCAAAAGCUUCAGAUGCAAGAGAGGGUAGAAGAAGCUGCAAAAGCAGACAGUGAUGAUGAGAGUAAGAAGAAGAAUUAUUACCAGCUUCCUAUUCCACGGGCAAAUAUUCACUUCCUGCAGACCUGGGAAGAGACGCUGCAGUGCUGGGAAAAGGUGCUGCAGCCUGGGCAGGUUGUUGGCAUUGACAUGGAGUGGAGGCCUUCCUUCGGCAUGGUCGGGAAGCCCCGUGUCUCCCUCCUUCAGAUCGCUCUGAAGGAUGAGGUGUUCCUGCUUGACUUGCCACGGCUCCUUGAGCAAGCUGAGACUGAGGGUGAGAAGGAGAAGCUUCCCCAUUUCAUCCAGAUGCUCUAUUCAGAUGCAGCCAUCACUAAACUAGGUUAUGGGAUGUCUGGAGACCUUAAGAGCCUUGCAGCCACGUGGUCUGCUUUGAAAGACACAGAUAAGCAAGCGAAAGGUGUUGUGGAUCUGCUCAGAGUAGACAAACAACUGCAAAAGAGCUCCAUUGACUGGAAGAAGGGCGGCCGGAAGGUCGAUGUCCUGUCCCUGGAGCAGAGCUAUGAGGAUAGAGGGUUCAGGCAGCCGGAGAAAGGACUCAGCCUCUUGGUGCAACACGUGCUGGGGAAACCUCUAGAUAAAACAGAGCAGCUGUCUAACUGGGAGAAGCGGCCUCUCCGGGAGGAACAGAUCCUCUAUGCAGCUUCAGAUGCGUACUGUUUGCUGGAGAUCUACGAGAAACUCUGUAAUGACCCAGCGAGCUUUGGUCUUAGUUCAGACCUGACUGAGAGUCUGGUGGGAAAACCAAGCGUAAAACCCAGGGCAAAGAAGCAGCUGAAUAAACAAGAAGUACCGUCACCUUCUGGACAGCAAUGCACAGGAUCCAGAAAGGAGACCUCGUGUCCCCCUGCUCCCAUCUCCCCAAAGGAGUUCAGCGUGGUCUGCGAUAACAUGCUGCAAGGCCUCGGGCGCUACCUUCGCUGCCUUGGUGUAGAUGUCCGGAUGCUGGAGAAUGAGGAUGACCAUAGGAAAGCCGCUGAGAUUGCCCGACAGGAAGGAAGAGUCAUUUUAACCUCUGGACUCCCAUAUCAGACUCUGCAGUCCCAGGUAGCAGAAGGAAGGUGUUUCUCUGUGAACUGCUCAGAAAAGGCAAAAGAACAGGCCCUGCAGGUUCUGAAGCACUUCAACGUUCAAGUAUCCCUGGCAGAUAUCUUCAGCCGCUGCCAGAACCACAAAUUGAGAGUUUCAGUGCAGAAAAGUGCCUGUGGACCAACAGUCCCUCCUGACUCUUCCCGCCUGCCGGCCAUGGUGUCCAAGUCAUUCCUGCACAGAGACACGCGGGCUUGCUCCCAGUGUGAGCUGGUGUGCCGGCCAGUGGAGAGGCUGUGGGUGACCAAGGGGUUCAGGCUGAAACCCUGA